UGAGCGCAGUUACAGAGCGUCGCUUGUCGUUCCCACCACAUACAUACAUACCUGAAAGCCGAAGUUGAGAGCGCGUGUGCGUGUGUGUGUGUGUUACCUGCGCUAUUUAGCCUCGCGUUGUUGUUGUUGCUAAAUUAUUAUUUUUUCGAAGCCUUUUUUUCUGUGUCGUUGCCGCAAACUGGUUGGUGUAUGUAUAUAUCUCUGUAUACAGAGAAGCAACAUCGAGAAGAAGCAGAAGAAGCAGCAACUACAUACAUACAUCCACACGUACAUAGCUGUGAAAAAGUGGCAACAACUCAAAUAAUUGAGCGUGUGUGUGCGUGUGUUAACAGUUUUUUUUCGCUGCUAGAGUAUUUUUUUUUGUUACUCGGAAAAUCGUAACAGUGACAGAAAACAAAACAGGCAGAAACAAGAACAACAACAUAAAAAAACAACCGUUUGCGUCUUCAAAAAGAAAAAAAGAAGUAAACAGCAAGAAGCUAACAUAACGGCCAAUUUUUUGAAAUCCGCACGAGGGCAGGAACAGAGAACAUAGAACCAGAAGAAGAAUUUCAAAGAGAAGAACAAGGAGAAGAGGCAGCAAAGUUAAAUAGCAAAUAAGAAAAAUGCCCUGCUCGGCCGUAACGCUAUCAAUAGCGACAAUCUGCGCGAUUAUCGCCACAGCUCUGCUGGCGAUAGCGUUCUCCACAGACAAUUGGCUGCAUUAUGAUGUCAGACGCAAUCAGAUACAGGCCUUCGCUGCCAAACAUUCGGAUGCCGAGUCCCUGUUGCACAACAUGAAUGUGAAGUAUUACUAUUAUACGAGAACCCGCGGACUCUUUAGGAUAUGCUAUCCCAAGGAACGUCCCCCAGCAACAGCAGUACCCACCUAUUUGUCGCCCAUCGAGACGCAUUGCUCGAAUAUUGAUUACUUCCCGCAAGUGGACGAUGACAAAAUUUCCAACGAGGAUGCUCAGUCGCGUCUGCAUUUAGCCCGCUCCUGCGUUGCCCUAUUCAUCAUUAGCUUUGUGACGAUCUUUUGCGCCUUCUGGACUGGACUAUCGGGUUGCUGGAAACGCUCUUCGGGCGCCAUCACUGCUACAUCGAUUUUGCUGCUGGUGACAUGCCUUUUAGCCGCUGGUGCCAUGGGUCUGUGGCACACAGUUGAGUUCUUUGAGAAGGAGAAAGUCGUUGGAGAAGAUUAUUUCCAGCAGUGGAACACGGUACUACGCGAUAAUACCAAGGUCUUGUAUGAUUGGUCCUAUAUUGUGGCCUGGGCUGGCAUUGGGACCUGUCUCUUGGCCGCCAUUUUGUUGUCUGGUGCUGCUGUCUGUCUGCGCAACGAGCGCGAGAAGGAGGAACAAUUGAAUCUGCAAUAUCUGAUGCCUGUGUACUCACAGAAGCAACCCCCUUAUCCACCGUACGCCAACUACGCACAGCCACAGAUCUAUCCUGGCCCCUAUUAUCAUGGCUCGCAAUAUGGACCCUACAACUACUAGAACAACUUGACGAAAAAUGCGAAAUAAGAAAACAAAACAUAUUGAACAAUUUUGAACAGUUUUCAUAACAAAUCACAAAAAGGAGAAACAAAAAACAAUAUGGGACGAAACAUAUAGAUAUCCUGCGUUUAUACGAAGUCCGAAGAUUAUAAUCCGAUUGGGAUGCUUGUCAAUAGAUCGAGCUCACGAUCUCCGGACCUUGUAGAAAUACAGUUGUAGACAAAGCGUUGUAGGCGCAGAGAACGGUGCUUGUUCUCUACAGUCGUCGCUCUUUAAAUUAAACGUAACUGUACUUACACGAAAUUCCAUGAUAAUUUUUUUUUACAAACAUUUUUAGUUGUUAGUUUUUUUAAAUAUAGGCACGCAAUGACUUGCAUAUAAAUUACGUUACUUAAGUCAAAAAUAUGAUACAAUACAAUAAUGUAAAGUUGGAAUAUUAAUGGUGCGCGAUGUGUUUGCGCCCAUUUUGCAAGUGGAAAAAAUGUGAACAGCUGAAUGAUGAAAAAGACAGACAGAACAAUAAAAGCUUAAAUUAUUGUAGUCGAUAUAUUAUAAAUAAUAUUAAAAGUA